CACGUCAGGCAGCGCGCGCUCCAGCGGUCGCUUCUUUACUGAACUACGGCCGCUAUUUAAAGCCCGCCCGCGGUAAACUGCUGGGACUUUAACGAAGUAGUCGCUACUUCUGUCUGCGGUAAAGUACUCUUUUUUCCGUUAGAUGAAAAGAGGAGCGAAGUUUGUGAUGAGGGCUGCCCGCCGGGGCCGGUAGAGAGCGGGGGAAGGAGGAGGAGGAGGGUUGUGGCGGGUCGUCCCGUGGAUCUGAUCUGGGAUCUGAUCUGGGAUCUGCACACAUUCGGGAUCUGAUCUGGGACCUGAUCUGGGAUCUGAUCUGGGAUCUGCAGUCAUUCCUACACCAGACACUCGGCGGCUUCUCCCGGGCUGAGCGGAGGUCAGUUCAGCGGAGUCGGACGGAGGGGACGGUUUCACCGGGAAAACUUUUACUUCGUCACCGUGGAGGGUUAAAGGGACGUAGAAACUGCAAGUAACGGUGGAAAAAGUUUCACCUGGGUCGGGACUUUUUGUCGGUGUCGGUGUUGAGACCAUUUCUGCAAGUUUCUCCUUCACACACACACAGACGUCUGGGGUUCAGCAACUACUUCAACACACGUCGGUGACUCUUUCCCCCUUCAAAAUGGAUAAAUACGAGGAUCUGGGACUCGAGGCGAGUAAGUUCAUCGAGGACUUGAACAUGUAUGAAGCAUCGAGGGAUGGUUUGUUUCGGACCAGGAAGGAUGCGGGGAACAAUCCCGACUUUGAGGAGACCAGGAGAGUUUUCGCCUCCAAAAUGAAUAAAAUACACAUUCAGAAGCAACAGGAGGAAAUGGCCAAAAACAACCAGAGCCUUAAGAUGAAUGGGGGUUAUAACAGCGCUCAUUACACCAAAGACAGGCCGCCCAUCAACAGUUGCAGGCAGCCGUUGGAGGCGGCGGCGAAGCCCCCGCUGCUGUCCGGCCCGGUGCCCGGCCAGCACGGCCCGGGGGACGGCCACAGACACCCCGCCGCCCCGCUGAAUGAUCCUCCGGCCAGCGCUGCGUACGGCUACGGAAACCAUUACGACAGCAAGGACCGGGGAGAGCCACAUCCAUACCAGCACAUCAGCCCUUCCCCGCCAAGUUCUGGCCAGGCUCGGCCCCCGCCACCCCCUCCGGCCGCCUGGGCCCCAGCAGAGGGACAGCCGGCCCCAUCCUGGCCCGGCCCAGGGGGCCAAGACCCCCCAUCCUGGCCCGGCCCAGGGGCUAAAGAUCCCCCAUCCUGGCCCGGCCCAGGGAGCCAAGACCCCCACAUCCAUACCAGCCCAGGGGGCAAAGAUCCCCCAUCCUGGCCCGGCCCAGGGGGCAAAGAUCCCCACCACCCUGGUCCUCCAUCACAGCAGAAGCAACUUCUCAAUCAGAGUUCUCCCUCCUCCACUGCCCGGGGCUGGGCUGGUCCUGGUCCUGGAGAGGCAUUGGGCUCAGCAAAACCAGACCUGAUCCCUGCUUUGCCUCUGAGCGCUUUCACAGGAGGAGCUGGUUUCCAUCUGCAGCAGCCCGCAGCCCAUUACGUGCCACCUUCGACUAUAAAUUCCUCUACUAGCCACAAUGGUCCUGUGACGACUUCCUCGGCCCUGCCCGCAUCAUCUGAAACAACUCAGCCCAAAGCCCAGGUGGCAUUUGCUGCCUCGAGCCCUGGCAGUGUCUCUGAAAACAGCAGACAGGUUCCAGAUGGAAGCCAGAAACCAGCCAGCGGACUGGUCAUCAGUGCUAAGGCUGAAAACGUGUGUUCCCCCAGGCCUGUCCUUCUCCCCUCCCAACCGCUGCACACACAGAUUCCUGAACCGGGGCCUUCAGUAGCUGAAAUAAAACUAGAGGCCCUCGCUAAGCGGCUGGAGAAGGAGAUGGAUUCCCAUCCAAAGGCUGACUACUUUGGAGUCUGCGUAAAGUGUAAUAAGGCGGUUCAUGGAGCCAACCAGGCCUGCCAGGCUAUGGGUAGCCUCUACCAUGACACCUGCUUCACCUGUAGUGCCUGCAGUCGAAGACUAAGAGGGAAGGCUUUCUAUUAUGUUGGAGGAAAGGUUUACUGUGAAGAGGACUUCUUGUACUCUGGUUUCCAGCAGUCUGCUGACAAGUGCAAUGCCUGUGGACAUCUAAUCAUGGACAUGAUCCUGCAGGCGCUUGGGAAGUCGUACCACCCCGGCUGUUUUCGCUGUGUCAUCUGUAACGAGAGCCUAGAUGGAGUACCCUUCACUGUGGACACUGAAAAUAAGAUCUACUGUGUCAAAGACUACCACAGGGUCCUUGCACCGAAAUGUGCAGCCUGUAACCAGCCUAUUCUGCCCUCAGAGGGCUCAGAUGAAACGAUUCGAGUGGUUUCCAUGGACAAAGACUAUCAUGUAGAAUGUUAUCACUGUGAGGACUGCAAGAUGGAGCUGAAUGAUGAAGAGGGCCACCGGUGCUAUCCUCUGAACGGCCAUCUACUCUGCCACUCCUGCCACUUGAAGCACAUUCAGAAUAGCUGCCCCUCUUCAGUACCUGCCUCCUCAUUCUAACAAUCCUGCAGCUGGAGGGGGACACCUAGUGGUUUUAAAGAGGAACUGUCAAACUUGGGCAAUAGAAGUGCAUAUUUUCAGUUCUUGUUAUAAAGGAUUGAUCUGUUAAUGCAUCACAUUUGACUGUAGUGUGAUGUGUAUUUUGACAGGAAUGACAAUGAAGUCUCACUUAUGCAGAAUGUUAUAUGGGUAUGACCCAAUAAUGAAGUAUUGUCAUACACCAAAGUCCUACUUUGAAUGCAGUGGUGUCUUUGCACAUGUGUUGGCAUAUAAUUAUUUUUGUAUAAAUACCAGUUGCAUUGGCUUAGGUAAUGUCAUAUGUUCUGAUCAUUUUAGAGGAUGUGUGCCUUCAGCUUCACAUGUGCACUUCUACACUAAACUACAGUUUGAUGUUUGCAAUUCUUUAAAAGGUUUCAGAUUACAUGAAGUCAGUCCUCGACUGUGACAAAAAUCACUGGUACCUAAGGUUUCAGUCAGAAUCUGACAGGUAAAUAAAAUGUUGGAAAACAGUGGGUCAAUCAUAGGUGGAUUCAUGUGAUGCAGCGUAUAGAAGCCCUUCAUAAAGGUCCUCUUGUGUUCCUUCAUAGUAGAGGAGCUACUAGACUGGUGUCACCCUUCAGAAUUCACAGGGUUUUUUUUCCCUCAAAUGUAAGAAAUUACUGCAAUAUAUAAAGCUUGGACAGGUUACCGGUGACCAGAUUAGAAAAGCAUAAAAUAUUUGAAGGCAUUGCAUUCAAGAAACAGUCAUUUUUCUAUUAGGAAACCACAUGAAAUAAAUAAAAGCAACAAUAACUUCUGUGCACAACCCCUUCAUAUAAACACGAGAUAAUAUCACUAUCAUCCAGGUUUCUGUUCAAAAUCAUACAGACCAUUUUCAUUUCUACUUAAAUCUGAAUAUGAAAGCCUGGUUGUAGUGUUUGUUUUUUUAUUUUUAUUUAAUCUUUUUGUUUAGUUUCAUGCAGUCUGAUAUAAGCACUUAGAGAUCAAUUACUAUGCACCUCGUAUUAGGCCUGUAGAUUUAUGUAUUUUACAAACAUUGUAUCUUUCAAAAAGAUAUGUAUUCUAGGCCUGUAACCAUGUAUCUUUUAACUUUGAUGGAAUUAAGACUGACCAUAUAAAGUAUAUACAAUAAAAUACUUGUACACAG